CUCUAAAUAAUUUGUGAUUUGCUCAACAACAAAUGCGUUUAAGCGCUUUGAAAGUGAAGCAGAGAAUUGAGAGAGACCUGUGAUAAUUCAGCUUAGAAGGAGAUCUCACUUUUGAUAUAGAAUAGAUAAUAGCUGAUUUCCAUUCCGGUUUGGAUACACUCCAAAGGUGAGACAAAAUGACAAAAAUAAAUACCUUAGGAUGGAUCGACUAUCUGGUUAUAGCGGUGGUGCUGUGCAUAAGUAUCGGAAUUGGUAUUUAUUACAGAUUUAGUGGAGGACGUCAAAAAACUAUGGAGGAGUACUUUGUUGCAAGUGGAUCAAUGAGUGUCGUACCAGUCGCUAUUGCCAUGGUAGCUUCCUUUCUAUCUGGCAUUGCAUUGCUUGGUUCGUCCGCUGAGAAUUACAUAUACGGGACGCAAUUUGUUGUAGUAUGCCUAGCGUAUAUCUUAAGUAUUCCGAUUAUAUGCUAUGGAUUUCUACCAGUUUUCUUCAAGCUGCAGGCAACAAGCGCUUACGAGUAUUUAGAAAAGCGUUUUGGAGUAAAAGCUAGGAUGAUGGCUAGUUUCGUUUACUGGAUGCAAAUGCUUUUGUACUCAGGAGUGGUACUCUAUGCCCCUUCUUUAGCCAUAGAGGCAACCACAGGAACCUCCAAGAUUGCCAGUAUCAUUAUUAUUGGUCUCGUAUGUGCUUUCUAUUCGAGCUUAGGUGGCAUUAGGGCUGUGCUAAUAACGGAUGUAUUUCAAUGUUUGCUUAUGUUUGUCGCUAUAUUCUUAAUUAUUGGCACAGCAGCGAAUGAUGUUGGGGGAUUAGAACAGAUCUGGGAAAUCGCGAGGCAAGGACAACGUCUCGAGUUUGAUAACAUUGAUCUGGAUCCAACAGUAAGAAAUACCUGGUGGUCUCUUACACUGGGUGGUUUGAUUAUAUUUUUAUCGCUUUACGGAGUGAAUCAAGUACAAAUACAGCGUAUGCUGACUUUGAAAAAUAUGCAGGCCUCGCAAAGAGCUGUCUGGCUCUCUUUGCCCAUUCUGUUACUUCUCACGAUCGCAAUUUGCUUCUCAGGAUUGGCGAUGUACAGCAGAUACUACAAUUGCGAUCCGUUGCUUCAGAAAAGAAUUAGUUCGCCUGAUAUGCUUAUGCCAUUGUACGUUAUGGACACGAUGUCUAACAUUCCUGGCUUACCAGGCCUCUUUGUUGCAGGUAUUUUUAGUGCAAGCCUCAGCACAAUUUCUGGAACGUUGAAUUCUCUAGCGGCAAUAACGUUGGAGGAUUAUAUAAAACCUGUAUGUAGAAAGUGUAUCGGACAUGAAUUCUCACCUAAAAUAGCGGCGUCUAUCGCUAAAGUGCUUGCUUUUAUGUUCGGUAUUAUUUCAAUUGCGCUGGCAUUUCUAUCACAAUUUUUGGGCGGAUUACUUCAGACUUCCUUAACUAUUUCUGGAGUAAUUGGUGGUCCAUUAGUAGGCAUGUUCACACUUGGCAUGGGCACGGAAUCGGCGACGGAAAGCGGUGCAAUAGCCGGUGCACUUACGGCAUAUUCAUUUUUGUUCUGGAUUGUUUUCGGUCAACCACGCCCGAUACCACCUGUAUGGCCGACUACUAUCGAAGGCUGUGAUAAUAAUAUUACAAACAUAACGAUGUCCGUUUUCCGAAACGCCACAAGCUUCUCCAAAAGCACCGGCGACAGCUCGUAUUUUUAUUUAUAUCGCAUUUCGUAUUUGUGGUACCCCUUCCUUGGAUUCAUAAUAACAUUCUUACUUGGAUUGUUUGUCAGUAACCUAUCUCGUUUAUUCCUGAAGAAUCAGAACAACAAGUUAGACAUUAAUUUAUUCUUUCCCGUAGUAGCGCGGCGUAUACAUUUUAGGCGAUGUAAGGAUGAAAAGAAUGAAGUAGUUCUCCGUUAAAUAAACAAUAUUCACACAUACACACACACAUACGUAUAGAGACACAGUUAAAAACAACGGGAUCUACCCAUUUUAAGCUGAGAAAGAAAAUGCCGCAUAGUUUACAUUAUUUACAUUCUUCGUUUCUUACCUGCGCUCCAUUCUUCUCUACUUUUUUUCGUACCUGCUCGCCUAUUCACUUACUUAUAACGCUGAUAAAUUUUCGAAUUUAUUAAAACAUCUCAAGCAUAUUCCCAAAGUUUCAGACUUUUAAAAUCUGUAAAAGAAAGUCUCUAUCUAUAGAAGAAAGAUUCUAUCAACUAAACAAAAUAGAAUGUUUCUUUAAGACAAAAUUUCUAUUCUCAUGAUUUAUUUUUUGUAAUAUAAUCUUUUUUUUUAUGUUAGUAAAAGUAAAAGAUCAAUAAUUAUAAUUAUUGAUUAUUCCCACUUGGGUAUAUCCAUGUUAAUAAAAUAAUGUAGGUAUUAUACUUAACAAAUUAAUCACUGAAUAGUUGACCGAAGUUUGUGAUCCAAAUUAUCAUCAAAUAAAAAAUUUUUAUCUCUUAAAAGAUUCCAUAAAUUUCAAAUAUUCAAUCUUAUAUGAAUUUUAGAAUUCUUUUAUGGAAAAUUCCGAGAAACGGAAUUUUCUCAUAAUUUCUUUUAACUCACAAAAAAUUUGACUAUUGAAAGUUAAUCAAAUAUUAAGAGAAUGCAGUUUAGAUAAAAGGUAGAAUAAAUAAAAAAUCUAAGUAAUAGGGUUUUCCGAAUCCUCUGACUUUAUUGUUUUCUUUUUUUCUUAUAUACGUUACGAAUAAGGCUAUAAUUUAAGCUGAUUGUUGUUUUUUUUCUAAAUACUACAACUUACACUUAACAAAUUUAACAAUGCAAAUGAGUUUUGUUUCUGAAGAGAGAGAUAAAAGCAAAAGAAAUAAAUCGAAUUUUCCAUUUGU